CGGCGCCCGCGGCUUCCUGGACCGGACUGGCGCCCCGAUCGCCCAGCAGCCGACCCGCAGCCCCGGCCGCUCCUUUCCACGCCGCGCCCCGUCCCCUCCUCGCCUCGCUUGCCGACCGUUGCCGCCGGGCCAUGGCCGAGUGGAGCCCCGCCCAGGGCCUUCAGUGGGACAUGGACUCCCACCACCCGGCAACGGCACAGCCCCUCGGCCUCCCCGAGGAAAACCCCACGGCAGACGUCCUCCCCGAGACGGCCGAGCUCUCCCUGACGGUGGUGGCGGAAAUCCAAGCGGUGGAGGGCAAGGUGGACGCCUAUGCAGCCCAGCUCAUGAGCCUGGAAGGCCGGAUGGGCAUGGCCGAGACCAAGCUGGACGGCUGCGAGAAGACGGCGGUGGAGUUCGGCAACCAGCUGGAGAGCAAGUGGGCCGCGUUGGGCACCCUGAUCCAGGAAUACGGGCAGCUCCAGCGGCGCCUGGAGAACAUGGAGAACCUCCUGAAGAACCGUAACUUCUGGAUCCUACGUUUCCCACCAGGCGCCAAGGGGGAGGCCCCUAAGGUCCCGUUGCUGUUUGAUGACGCCGCCUGCAGUUUCUCGGAGCAAGAGUGGAGGGGCCUCAAUGAAAGCCAGAAGGACCUGUACCGCCACAUCAUGAUGCACAACUACCAGGCGGUGGUCUCCGUCGACACGGCCAUCUCCAAACCGGAACUCCUCGCCCGGAUUGAGCAAGGAGAGGUUUCGGAGCAGACCGACAGCAGGGACGGACAGCAGACUGACCCCCGUGAAGAGUCCGGAUUGGGGAACCGGCCAGGAUCACCAAGUUCUGCUCUCCGUGGGAGUUCCUGGAUUAAGGAAGAAGAUCUGUCUCUCGUCAAAAGCAUGGGGACUUUAGAGGACAGAGAAAUCCCUGGGGAGUGCACCAUGGGUGCUCCUCAGCUGCUGGAGGAUGAUGUGGACAACCUCUUCCCCCACAAGUGGACGGAAGUUUUCCAGGGUCCCGGAGAGGAGCUGCUGUGCGAGAACCAGCCUGUCUCCGUUACCCUGCCCAAGAAGCCCCUCCAGUGGUCCGUGCAGGGGCUGCCUGAGACACAGAAAGAGGAUUUGGUCACGUCAGCCGAAGCUCAGACAGGCCCCUUCAUCUGCUGCGAGUGCGGAGAAGGAUUUGUAGACAGGCAGCUCUUUGCCAGCCACCAGAAGACCCAUGGCGGAAGUGGGGUUUACUUUGUGCCAGAGCUUAAAGGAAACCCGGAGGUUAAGCUCACUCCCUUCGCUAUCCACAGGGCCCCAACUCCUGCCCGUCCCAAAGUGCAUAAGCGCCCUGAGCCGCAGAGGAGCCCAACUGCAAAACCCGGCGCAGUGAAAUGUCCCGGGAACCACAUGGUGGAGCGUCCGUACACGUGCACCCAAUGCAAGGAGAGCUUCAAGCUGGAGGUGAGCCUGCUCCUUCACCAGAAACUCCACGCGGGGAAGGGAGACGGGCCACUGACCUGCACCUACUGCGGCAAGGAUUUCCGGGACCUCUCCAAAGCCGUGCGUCACCAACGGAUCCACACGGGCGAGCGUCCGUAUCAGUGCACAGAAUGCGGGAAAAGCUUCAUCCGGCGGGACCAUCUGCUGAAACACUGGCGUGUCCACACGGGCGAGACGCCCUACCAGUGCGCCACCUGCGGGAAGAACUUCCGCUACAAGGAGUCGCUGAACUGCCACCAGAAAAUCCACACCCGCAACCCCACCGUGCACCACCUGAUGUUGGGAACGCAAGCAGGGCUGAUGGGCCUGAAACCCGAGCAGCCAAAAUGGAGUUUACCGGAGGGGAACCAACCUAUCCGGCAGGUGCGGCUACAGGCUCCGGCCAGGUGCGAUCCGUGGGCGGUCUGGACGAGGCGGGGGCGCCCGGUUGCUGCUGCGGGUGCGCGGCUCCUCCUCUUCCUUCGGAGCCCCCCCUUCUCCGCCGCCGCCCCUCCGCAGCCCCAGCUUAGCCCUAGCCCACCGCCCAGCCCGGGAAAAGCCAUGGAAACACCGUGGGAACCGAAUUUUCAGUGGAACCCAGCUGUCCUGCCGCCGCCACCACCAGGAUUCUUCUGGAUGCCCCCAAAGCCGGGAUGCGAACCGGCGUCCCACCGCCAAACGACCGAAAUCUCCUUCUGGACGUUGCUGGCAGCCAUGCAGGCGAUGGAGAGGAAAGUGGAUGUUCACACGGGACAGCUCCGGACGCUGCGACGGCGGGCCGAUCUGGCAGAGCACAAGCUCUCCGUGACGGAGAAGGUGGUGACCGACUUCAUGCCCCAUCUGGACGCGCUGGAGACGAUGGUUCGGGCCUUCGGGCAGCUGCACCAGCGGGUGGAGAAGAUGGAGGAGAGGUUGAAGAAUGAGAACUUCUGGGUGCUGAAUGUCCCACCAGGCACCGGAGGGGAAACCCUGCAGGUUCCUGUGAACUUCGGCAACGUCUCGGAUUACUGCUCGGAACAGGAGUGCAAGGACUCGAACUCUGGUCCAAAGGAGCGCCAGAAGACUGCGGAGUCCUUGGUUUCAACGGAUUGUGCUAGUUCAAAAUCUGGUUCAUUGUCCCCGACGGAAGGUGGGGCACCUUUAAGUGGCAAGCAUCGAGGACCCUCUGGUGAAGCAGAAGACAUCCAAAAAGACAGAGCAGAAGCUGCUAUUCUCUUGCCGACAUCUGCCAUAGCUGAGUCAGAGCCUGGAAAACUGGAUCAGUUCAGCCCCUCACCUGGGUCUUCGGAACAUGAAGUGUUGCCCUCUUCAGUAGAGGGCUUGGUGCCGGUUGAUAGCAGGACCGGUGCACUAGAACAGUCAGCUGAAUCUACAGGAGAUGUCGCAAAUUUCACCACCAUCGUCGUCCAGGAAGGGGUGCUUCCCGGCGAAGCGCCAUAUGUGUGUCCCGAUUGUGGUAAGAGUUUCUUGUAUGAGGAACAGUGCGCCUUGCAUCAACAAUCCCAUCUCCAGGUCUCUCCAGACCGCAGGGACAGUCCCACACAACAUCCCCAGCCAGAGGUCAGGGCGUAUACCUGUCCGGAUUGUGGGCGCUGGUUCCCCCACCAGGCCAGCCUGAGCAAACACCGCCUUUGGCACACGGGCGAUCGGCCGCACACUUGCGCUGUGUGCAAGAAGACUUUCCGGCUGAAAAUCAACCUGCACCUUCAUGAACGUACUCACGCGGUCGCCAAAAAAACUGGCUAUUACAUCUGUGGCCAGUGUGGCCGGGCUUUCAACCACCACUCGAAUUUCUUACGCCACCAGAUGAUCCACACCGGGGAGCGGCCAUACACCUGCGGGGAGUGCGGGAAGACGUUCAUCCGUAAGGAGCACCUCGCCACCCAUGGGCGGCUGCACACGGGCGAGAGGCCCUACCGGUGCCCGCUCUGCCCAAAGAGCUUCACCCGUAAGCAGCAUCUGGUGGGACACCAGCGCCUACAUGAGGGGGAGGCAAUUUGGCUGGAAAAUCAGCCCACUCAGACGAAUGGGCAUGGCCAACAGGGUGGAAUCGGGGUCCGGGCAGAUGAUGUAGAGUCUGGACUCGGACAAGAGACAUAUCCCCCGUAAACCGUUCAGCAGAUCCCAAGGGAGAAUCAGAUGGGGGGUGGCGGCUGGGAAACAGAGUUUAGGCAGCCAUCUUGAACCAAGCACAGGACUGUUAUUGGUCACAUCCUUGAUCCCCAGAGCUGGAGGCAGAAGGGGCUCAAGACCCAUGAUGAUAACAAGAGUAGGAAGGGAGCAUGGAAGUCUUCUAGUUCAGCUCCAUGCUCAAGCAGGAGACCCUAUCCCAUUCUGGACCAAUCUCUCCUUACAUGACCGAUUCCUUGACCUUUUCUGAGACCUAGGUACAGAGUGGGUCAAAAAAGUCAAAAUGGCCACCUGCCCCAUCGUGAUUUUUACCCUCUCUUGCCAAUACUCUUGACAGGAGGCUCUAAUGUUGUUGUGUUCAGUUCCUGGAGGUUGAGUUUUUAAUUCUCUGUUUUCAUCCCAGGUUGACUUCCUCUGUGAGAGGAGGGAGAUGGGGAAUUCUGGGAGUUGAAGUCCACCCAUGUUUAAUUUGCCUAAGGUCAGGCGCGAAGAAUCAGGACCACGCCUUAAAUUCCAGGCUAAGCUGCUUUAUUGCUCAUGCCUAAAUCGGUCGAAUCCUUGACAUACAACCAAAAUUGAGGCCAACAUUUCUGUGGCCAAGACAAAAGCUUGUUCAGUGAUCUGUACCCCCAUUUCUCGCCACCGUUUUAAGCGAAUCUCCGCAGCUCAACACAAUUGUUCAGUGAAUCGGGAUUUCCCGUUGAAUUUGCUGGUCGGAAGGUUGCCCAGGGGAAUCUCGUGAUCCUGGGACACGGCUACUGUCAUAAAGAUGAGUCAGUUGCCCAACAUCUGAGUUUUGAUUACGUCUCCGUGGGGAUGCUACAACAGUCAUAAAUGUGUCCCCGGGACACUGCAACCUGCCAUAAAUAUGAGUCAGUUGUCAAAUGUUUGAAUUUUGAUAACCUCAGUGCAGAGAGGUUACAACAGUUGUAAGUGUGAAAAACAGGUCUUUAGUCAUCUUUUUUUCAGGGCUGUUGACAUUUUGAAUGGUCACUAAAUGGAACUGUUUUAAGUCAAGGCCCACAUUCAUUAUUGUUGUAUAUUGUACAUUGCUCAGUAUGUUUCUAUGAGGGAGACGGGCGGUUCCUAACUGUGAUACAAAAAAGAAAUAAAAUGAAAUAGUUAAUUAAA